CUUCACAUCCAAAAAAUGCGACAUCUCAAUCAGUAGAUUUGAUUGGAUUUAGGUUAAACUUUCCGGUCUGAAAAUUUGUCUUAAAAAAACAAAGAUGCUUCAUUGCCUAUUGGGAAUCUCAAACCAAACUGCUUUUGUGAUGAUUCAGAGUUGCAGACGAACAAAAAAAGGGACCUAAUUUCCUGUUAUUUUAAUGUCAAGACAAGUGUACCAAUCAACUAUACAUUAAUAAAUGAUUUUCAAUUACAUCAUCGAAGUAGAUAUAUAUUAUUAUUUUCACCAUUAAAUACUGCUAAAUCAACCAUUAUUGGCAGCUAGCCACCAUUAGUAUUCCAAAAGAAAUGAGGUUAUUUCCCUUAAACACAAGUCUAACUACGAACUGCGGCCACUAGCUAAUACUAUAAUAAUAAUAAUAAUAUGAUGAUGAUACAUUUAGGGAGCAGUUAUAUGUGUACAUCAUAUUCGUUUAAUUUAGAUCCACCAUUCGGAUUAAUGUUUGUAAUUGAGAGAAAAGGAUAAAAAUCUAGUGUGACGUAAUUCUGCUAGUGAUGUGAAUACUUUAUUUGUAUAUAAGAAGGGCGUCGGUGUUGAUAUGACUUGAAUCAGAUUAUUUGUCGUCGAUUGGAAUUUACGGAAUAUGCGCCACUUCUUCUACGAGGGAAUAAGCUCAAUAAAGUAAGUAGUCUUGUUUUUCUGUUUCAAACGGGAGUUAAGGGCCUGUUUGGGCCCGUCUUCCAGAGAUACCACGUCUAUCAUAGGGCCGAGUCAUUGAGACCAAACCAUGUGGGCUCGCCAACAUAUAGCAACGUUAUUGGGCCCAUGCACGAACGAGUCAUCGCCUACAGAAUUCUUCUCCCUGACAAAUACAAAGUUGUAAUGGCAAAAAUAAAAUAAAAAAUAAAAAGAAAAGAAGAAAGAAGACAAAUACAAACUUGCAAUAAUCUAUCGGAUGGUAUUAUAAUGAUUCAUGUCAUAUAUAGAUACAGUACACGAUUGUUGACAGGCAAUUUUUGUUGAACUUGGUUGUUUUAUUUUAUACUUCACGAUACUAAAGGUCACAUAGUUCGAUUGGUGAAUUCUCGUUAGGUGAUCGUUCUGAAUGUGUGAGGUCCUGAAUUCGACCCCUCUCAAGAUCCAUUCAUGAUGUUUCCGAUCAUUUGAAUGAAAUUAUAUUAGUGAAAGGUACAAAGGGCUCAAACAGGUGAACAUAAAGUUUGAUCUCAGAAGUGAAACAAUCACUUUCUUUUCACUGGUCGUUUAUCUUCAAGAAGAAGAAAAAAUCCUAGGAUUUCAUUUAUGUCCCUGAACAGAUCAGCAGCAAUGGCUGCAACUAAGCUAACCCCUCCCUCAAGGCUCAAGCCAAAGUAAUUCACUGCUGAAAAAUGAUUUGGUAGGUACUUGGAAGUUGGAAUCCAGAGAUAUUAACUUCCUCGCUCUCGUCUCUCCACAGAUUCCUAACUAUGUCAAAGAUUCUUCUAUGAUUCUGUUCUUCCCAAAUCGCUUCUUUUCCCCCAGUAAGCUGUGGAUUCCAGUCCUUCUUUUACCCGGACCAAAUAACGUCGACGCUAACACCUUCCUUUAUUUAUCUCCAUUAUUAGUCAAUUCACUUCCCCCACCAUUCAUCUCUCUGUUUUCACACUGUUAGUCGGCUGCGACACUGAGAAGAGAUUCUCUUCGGCCAAUAUUCUGUCCUUAAAGUAUGAACCUUUGAGAAGGGUUUUGCCCAUUUUCAAAAAUUGGGUACUGAUUGAAGCUCAGACAUGGCGCAAGAAGAGAUAUCUGUUUCUGUUGCUAAUGGAGGAGGAGAUGGUGGAGAUCCAGCCAGACUCGAAGGGAGGUACAAAGCUUUGUUGGUUUUUUGGAUCCUUGGAUUCGGAUCACUACUUUCCUGGAACAGUAUGCUUACAGUUGGGGAUUACUACCUCAAAUUGUUCCCGAAAUACCACCCUUCAAGGGUUCUCACAGUCAUCUACCUACCCUUCGCCUUGGGAACCAUGUCGAUCCUCGCCUAUAACGAGUCGAGGAUCAACACUAGGACAAGGAACAUAGCUGGGUAUCUACUCUUCUUCGCCGGUACUCUCAUGCUACUAGUCCUGGAUUUCGCGACAACGGGAAAGGGAGGAGCUGGGCCGUUUGUGGGCAUUUGCUUGAUCGUUGUAUCAUUUGGGGUUGCAGAUGCUCACGUUCAAGGUGGAAUGGUGGGAGAUUUGUCGUUCAUGUGCCCUGAAUUCAUGCAGUCCUUCUUUGCUGGUUUGGCUGCGUCAGGAGCCAUGACUUCAGCAUUAAGGUUGAUCACCAAAGCAGCAUUUGAAAAUGCCAACAAUGGACUCCGAAAAGGAGCUCAGCUGUUUCUUGCGAUUGCCACAUUCGCAGAGUUCCUGUGCUUCCUACUCUAUGCGUUCUACGUGCCAAAGCUGCCGAUAGUGAAGUACUACCGCGCCAAGGCAGCGAAAGAAGGAUCGAAGACGGUUUCAGCCGACCUUAAAGCUGCUGGCAUUCAUACUCCUUCUGAACAGGGGGAGGACAUCAAACUGAUUGAGCGGCUGAACAACAAGCAGUUGAUAGCCCAGAACAUAGACUAUGGUCUGGACUUGUUCUUCAUCUAUGUCCUGACUGCGUCAAUCUUCCCCGGGUUCCUCUCUGAGGACACAGGCACUCACCAAUUGGGUUCAUGGUACAUACUUGUGUUGAUUGCAGUGUACAAUACUUGGGAUUUGGUGGGGAGAUACGUGCCACUGAUCGGGUGCAUCAAGUUGACUUCGCGAAAGUGGCUUAUGAUCGCGAUCCUGUCUCGAUUCCUGCUCAUCCCUGCGUUCUACUUCACGGCCAAGUAUGGUGGUCAAGGGUGGAUGCUCUUCGUCACAUCGUUUUUAGGGCUCACCAAUGGCUACUUGACCGUUUGUGUCAUGACCAUGGCUCCAAAGGGCUACAAGGGUCCGGAGCAGAAUGCACUGGGCAAUCUGCUCGUGCUGUUCUUGAUGACUGGUAUUUUCGCAGGCGUGACCCUUGAUUGGUUGUGGCUGAUUGGGAAGAAAAACGCCUUCUGAAGAAAGCUCAAAGCAAAGCGUCAGCAAGAAAGUAAACUUGCUUUCUGUUUCGAAGGAGAGUUAUCUUGCAUGUGAAAGCAAACCAAGUUGCAGAAAUCUUCCCGGGAUAUUAUAAUGAUACACACUCCGAUAGUCCGAUGUGCCUAUCUGACCAAAAGGAAAGAUAAAGAUCCCUAGUUCCCUACAGUUCCACUUAGCUAAAUAGUCCAUGGUGCACAUAACUCGUUUGCGAUAACUUAUAAUCAUAGGAGUGUACGUGGUACCUUAUAUUUAUUGCGCAUGGGAAAUAUCCAAUUAAAAGGAGAGAAUUUUUUUUUGUAAACCCUUGGAUCUUUUUCUUGACUCGCAAGACGCGCUUUACUCACCAUAGAAUAGAUCCAGGAAGGUUCGAACCGCAAUUUAGGAUGAACUUGAUGUCAUUUUAUUUAUAAAAUUGUCAUGUAAUGUUCAUACAAUGGAAUGUAUUGUGCUCAUAUUAGCAAAAUAAAAAAAAACAAUCUGAUUAUGGUGCUCACAGGUUGUAUAUGAGGUAAAGAGCAUGCUCUAAGACACCCGGACCAUUCGAUCGGAUCGGGUGCAAGUGCUUUGCGACGAUAUGAUGGCGAUUUUGUAGAAAGGGAAUAAUAGGAACAAAGGAUUGUGUCACAAUUAGAAGGACAAAAGAAGCCUCUCAUCAAAUCAAAACAAUUAAGCAUUAAAGAAGUUAAUGUAGAAACAAAGGAUUUUUAUCUACUGCUAAAAAUCGAUGAUGGUGGCUGUCUGUUAGUCCAUCGGAAAUGUAUGAGGUGCUUAGUAAUGCUGUUCAAUGGGGAAAAAAAACAGAAAAGGCAUGGCUUCGCCCAGGUUCGAACCGGAGACCUUCAGUGUGUUAGACUGACGUGAUAACCAACUACACCACGAAACCAUUUGUUGAAUCAAUUACAUUUUUACCAUAUACUACCGUUAAUAACAAAGAAUAUUAGUGAUUUUAGGUCUCUUCUAGUUUUUAUAACUUUCUUUUGUUAUUCACUGUUACGUUUUUCGCUAGGCUGUGCUGAUGUAUAACAAAUAUUAGCCCAGCCUAGGGAGCCUAAGUCUAACUAUGCAUCGGUUUCCCAUUCAUAACGAAAUGAGACACAAAAUUCGAAUUAAUGUCACUUUUCUAUUAAUUCAUCGUCAUUUUUUUCUAACAGGAGGUGUGAUGGAGUUCCUUCGUUGUCUCUCUUAGUAGUUAGUACAACUCGACCCCCGAUGCUAUGUAGUUGCACUUGUUCAUUAUUAAUCAUCCAAAUUACAAACGAUGUUUUCAUAUUGACUAGAGCAAGUGUUAGCACUAUACUAACAAAAAAAAAAAAUGUUAGCAUGCCGACCAAUUCCUCCAAAGUAUAGUUGAAUUGUUGUUGACUUCAAUUAGCCUACUUAAUUGGCAAUUAAGAACCCCCACGUACAUGAGCGGAGGGAGUGUGUACGGAGGGGGUGUCCCCGCACACCCUUGGAUUGGAGAAAAAGGGUUAAAAUUGGUUAUAUAUAGUAGAUUGUUUGCAAUGGAACUUGAAUAUAGAAGGUUAUUCCUUACACUUAAUUAUUUCUACCAUCAAACUAUAUUAAGAGCGUACAUUUAAAAUAUCUUCAAUUAUAUAUAAAUGAUAUCAUAGUCUGUACACGAAUAAAAUAAAAUUCAUAUAUGAUUAACUCAAUCUUUUAAAUUUCUAAUGUUUUAAGAUAAUUGUUAACUCUAAAUUGUGGUGACUCUUAACUUCCCAUAACACCAUUAUGCGUCCAAUAUCUAACUAUCCACACAAACGUGGUUACUAAGUCGUUCACCUCUACCAUCUCAUCCCAAUCGAUAUUCCUCGACUAUCCAUAAUCAAUAGAGCGACUUUAACGUAACUCUCCAUGGAUGGAAUGAUAAGGAAAAUCAUGAAUCAUUUGGUAGGAUAUAUGGACAAUAAUGUAUUUGAUAGUUU